CACAUUUCCCGCGCUCGCUCGCAGCGUCCCGUGCGCGGUGCAUGCUGGUGUCUCGGCGGGCCGGUGGGGCAUAUGCGGCUAUGGCGAGCGACUUCUAUCUGCGUUAUUACGUUGGGCACAAGGGGAAGUUCGGCCACGAGUUUCUCGAGUUCGAGUUCCGCCCUGACGGUGAGGCUCAGGGUUUCCGAUUGGGGAAGGCAAGAGAGGAGCUCCCCGGGGAUCUGAGGCCUGGCGGAGCGGGGGAGCCCCCCGCACCCGGGAGGGAAGAAGGGGCCUGUCGCCUGAGGAGGGAGAAGAGACCCCCAGGGGGGUGGUAGGCGGGAAUGGGGUAUUGCUCGUUGGGAAAAGGAAAUGGGGUCGGGGGAAAUUAGCCAUUGCCCGAAGAGAGGAAGGUGGCUCCUGGGGAGACCUGCGUUUCAGUAACAAGAGGGGUUGGUUAGUGGCAGGCUGGCCUCUGUCCAGUAUACCUGAAGGAGCGUCUCCACCUCCAUCGUCCAGCCCGGACACUGAGGUCCCGCGCCGAGGGCCUUCUGGCGGUUCCCUCACUGCAAGAAGCAAAGCUACAGGGAACCAGGCAGAGGGCCUUCUCGGUAGUGGCACCCGCCCUGUGGAACGCCCUCCCACCAGAUGUCAAAGAGAUAAACAACUACCAGACUUUUAGAUGACAUCUGAAGGCAGCCCUGUAAAUUAUUAUUAGUAUGUGAAACCCUCAGUGGGGUAAAGUAUGUUACAGUUUUUGACGGAGGGUUUUUGAGAGCUGGCUUUUCCUGCCGGUGCAGGAGUGCUAGAAUAAGAUUCUUCAGAGAGCUUAUGGUGAGAGGAUCAAGGGAGAGGGAAAUUGGAGAGGAAAGCAUCCGCUCUGCUGUGAAGGCACUGAAAAGCUGAGCCUACACCCCCACCCCUUCCCUGUUGGUUGACUGAGGAGGGAGCAAGUCACUCCUUAAAGUGGUCCAGAACACUUCCCGUUGCAGGGAGCAAACUCUACUUGUGAGUACAGUGGUACCUCGGGUUACAUACGCUUCAGGUUACAGACUCCGCUAAUCCAGAAAUAUUACCUGGGGUUAAGAACUUUGCUUCAGGAUGAGAACAGAAAUCGUGUGGCAGCGGCAGCAGGAGGCCCCAUUAGCAAAAGUGGUGCUUCAGGUUAAGAACAGUUUCAGGUUAAGAACGGACCUCCGGAACGAAUUAAGUUCUUAACCCGAGGUACCACUGUAAUGGUCUUUGUGAGCCUGCAGAACUUGGGUGUAUCUAGGGUGUGUGGAUGCUGAACAGAAAGGGGCUCAGAAACCAGGUGUUUUUAAGUCACUGGGCAACAGUUAUCUCCCUGGCCUGACUUUCAACCCAUUGCCUUCUUUAGCCCAUUCAAGACUUUGCAGGCACAAGUUAAAGGGAAAAAUGUGAAUUAAAUUAAGCCCAAGUUCUGUAUUGCUUUGCUACUUUGUGUAGUGUAGUGUUGAAUGUCAUAUUAUCUCUUUCAACAGGGAAACUGAGAUAUGCAAACAACAGCAAUUAUAAAAAUGAUGUCAUGAUCAGAAAAGAAGUAAGUUGACUGUGUUUAAAUAAUUUAUAGAAUUUUUGUGUCCUACAGCGUGAGUUCUCUGGGUACCUCACAACACAAAUUAAAAUAUAAAUGUAAUAUAAAAUAUAAGUGUUAAUAUCUAAUUAAUGCAUAUUUAAUUUAAUUUUUGUUUAUUUAGUUAAUAAAAACAAAUUAUGCAGGUGGAAAAAUCUUGACACCUCUUGUAUUUUAUCUGUGUUUUUGUGAUUUAGAGUGACCAGUGGAUGUCUUGAGUUUAUAUAACUGUGUAUUCAAGGCAAGCCAUUAAAUUUGCCUGUUACUGUCUUUUGCUACAUAUCUAAUGUUCCCCUUUUAGCUGUAUUAUUGAAACUUGGACUCAAAAUAUUGUAGCUAGUAGAAUUUAGCUUUUUGUUUCUCUACACGUCUUAAGUGUAUGUAGUAAUUGGAUAGUAAAAAUCUGCAAACUACAAAAAAUGUCAUAAAUAAUCUAUGUCUGUAUCUCAAAUGUUACAUCUAGUAUUCACUCUAUAAAUUUGUUUGCAGAUGUUUUGCCCAAUAUAUGCUGAGCUCAUUCCAGUGGAUAGCAAAGCAUGUACUUAGUUAUUGAUCAAAAUAAAUUAAUACACAUACUUCAACAAGAAGGUAGUGGGCAAAUGACACACACAUUUCUGUAUUAGAUUUAUUUUAAAGUUAAAAUGCUACUAUUUCCAUGCUGCUCUAGGCCUACGUACACAAAAGUGUGAUGGAAGAGCUAAAGAGGAUAAUCGAUGACAGUGAAAUCACAAAAGAAGAUGAUGCAUUAUGGCCGCCUCCUGACAGAGUUGGCCGGCAGGUUAGCAAAUUCACGGCUUCCCAUAUAAAUAUUUUAAGUUGACAGGUGUACAGCAGUUAAUGUGUACACUUGCAGCUGCUAGUUCUGUAAACAGAUGGGUAGAAAUCUUAUAUCUAUUUCUAGUGAACAGAAUAUCUUGUUGGAGUAGAUCUUGAAAAACAUCUGGGGAAAAGUUAUUGAAGGUGGGAACGAGGCAUCCAUAUCACCUCUCUCCCUCUCUGGGUAGGUGUGAAAUGGUCAUUUUAUUGAUCUUCAAACAGUGCUCUGAAAUUAUUUUUUUCUUUUUCCAGGAGCUUGAAAUUGUAAUUGGUGAUGAACACAUCUCUUUUACCACAUCAAAAAUUGGUUCUCUUAUUGAUGUAAAUCAGUCCAAGUAAGUGCUCUUUGACCAGCCGCUACAACUGUUGUAGUGCUCUUUUUGAAAACUAUUCACUAAGCUAGUUUUGUUAGCGGAUUGGGAAGAAGGUGAGGCAGAAGUAGUGCAGCUCUGUCCAGUUGUCUUGCUUAAGAUGCCUCUAUAAAUGCUGUACCAUGCAUUUGUGGCCAAGCUGGAAAUACAGUUAUUACAUUGAUUUUAAGUAAAAAUAAUUUAGCAAACCUGAAGAACAGCAUAUAGAAUUUGUCUCAGCUGUGGCAUUGCAUUAUUUCCUCACUCAUUUAACUGAUUCUACCCUGAGGACAAACAGAACCUUUCAUAAACGCCCUACUAAAGCCAUCUGGUUUAUCCCCAGCUGCUAAAAGCCAGCCAAAUAAAUCUUGCAGUACAGUGGUACCUCAGUUUAAGAACAGCUCUGCUUACGAACAGUUUGGUUUACGAACUCUGCAAAAUUGGAAGUAGUGUCCCGGUUUGUGAACUUUACCUCGGUCUAAGAACAGAAGCCGAACGGUGGAAGGACACCGGCGGCGGGAGGCCUCAUUAGGGAAAGCACACCUCGGUGUAAGAAUGGUUUCGGUUUAAGAACAGACUUCCAGAAUGGAUUAAGUUCGUAAACCGAGGUACCACUGUACUACCAAAAGAUGCUUGAAUUUUGAUAAGUGACUAGGGGAUUCUCAUACUGAGUUCCUGACACAGAGUAAUGAUUAUGAGUUGGUCAAAUACUAUUUUAAAAAAUAUUUUAUUUCUAUUUGUUUUUCCUUUUGCACUUCAGGGAUCCAGAAGGUCUAAGAGUGUUUUACUACCUUGUCCAGGACCUCAAGUGUCUCGUCUUCAGUCUCAUUGGAUUACACUUCAAGAUUAAGCCAAUUUAAAUUGUAUGGAUUUAAAUUUGUACUGUAAAGUUUCUUUCGGUGGGGUCACUUUCCAUUCCUUAUCUCUCAUUGGUUUUAUGUGUGUCAGAUUUUUUACAGAGUGAAUUUAAUAAAUGCUAAAAAGCU